GUUUAGAGACGCUCCCUUACAGCUUUUCUGAUGAAAUCUCUCUCCGCUUUAGCUCCGUGGCUAGCGAGCGAAACGGCGACGUCAACGAGUCUGAAAACCAAGUAUUUAUUUUUUUAAACGACUUAAAAGUGAAACCGAUUUGCCCGUAAAUCUAAAUCGAUUACUCUGACUCGAUUCUGAUGGUACAGCCGUUUUCCCCGUACAACUCACAGUAUUUUCUUCCGAAAACGCGGCAGCUGGGCUCGAUUGAGGUGACAGAAGACAGUUGAAGAAGAACCGACGCUCGUUUCCCUUCAGACGUCAAAAUGGCUUUUGUUUCAAGCUUUCAUUUGGAGACGGCACAGUUGGCGUUAAUACUGCGGUCAAUAUGGACGCUGAAGCUAAUUGCACGAGCCGGGUCGGACACAACACAGCCUGAACGAUAUGGACACUUUCAUUUACCCCGGAGAAUAUUUAUGUUUACUCAUGGAUGGUAUUAAGGGCUGAAAGGAAUGAGAAACGGAGUGUUUUACUUUUUUAGUAGCUAACAUUUAGCCAUACAUUAAAGCUUGAUACUAGCUGCGUUAGCCAGCUAAGGCCAUAUUUAGGUUUUAUUAAAAAUUGUUGUGCAUUAUCAGUAACAUCUAGAGACACUGAAACCUAACAUUCUAAACUCCAUCACUUUUAUGCAAAUAUAGUCUAAAUGGUGUGUUUCAAGGAGCGGCCACGUAUAAAGGAAGUAACCAACGUUAAAAGUCCGUAAUGUACCGGUUUUUAUUUUCGUUUACGUAGUUCAACACAUUUCAUAUUUUUCAGAAGUAUGAGCACACAUGGACACUUUUCUCCAGUGGACACGCGGUCCGCGCGUGACAGUGACGAGGGCCCUGACAGCUCGUGGAUAAGCGUCUUCUCUCUAGUUUCAAGGCCUGCGUGGUCGCUCUUUCAAAGGUAUUUCCCCGGAAGAACGCAAACAGCAUUUGAAAUGAAUUCAAGUCUAGAUCGUGGAAAUGCACUGGCACCUCUGAAAGUGGCAUACUUCAAGUGCCAGCAUCAAAACGCACCUGGCGCGUCCUCUGGAGACCCAGGGUCUCUUUCCUGGUUUACACACGACUCGUUGAGUGAACUGGGAAUUCAGAGUACCACCCAGAAAGAUUUUAUUCUUCAAGAGAAAGCGUCGGUCGGAUACAUAAGAACGGCGAGAAACGUAAUCACCCAGGUGUUACAGAACACGCAGGAAAAAAGGCGCGCGAAACCGGAAAACGGAUGCGAGUUGAGCCGGGAUACGCUGUCCGUGCGAACCCCAAACAGCUGGCGGUGGGGCGGAUUUUUGGAGGCCGAUGACAGACCUCCGAGCUGGCUGCUAAACGUAGCACAAAGCAGAAAAGAGACUGAUACGAGCUGGAAGCAUUGUGGAGAACAUCACAGUGUCGGCUAUUGUCAAAGCGAUGAUGGGUGGUCAAUGCACAGCGAAAGCGCUGGACCCUUGUGCUCUAAAGAGCUAGCCCACAAUGUAAGCCUGCUCAAAGCAGAAUCCCUCCCAAACUCAUACCAGCUUCCACUAGAUGUUGAGCAGCAACUACUGGUUUGUAGUAGUGCCUACAAUGAGGUGGUAAUUGUGACUCCAGACCAAGAUAAUGGAUAUUCCAGCUGGGAGGAAGAACACUCAAAUAAUAAGCUUCACAUGAAGCUGCUUUCCCAAGAACAGGAGGUGUCGGAAACAGCCAGCACUGUUACCUCAGCGGACGGCUCAUCUCAGACUAACACUACAGGGAGCGAGUUCCAUAGUGAACCAAUCACUAGUGAGGUUGAAAUUAAGGAAAGCGAGGAGGACGAUUUAAAAAAGAAAGCAGAAAGCAUUCCAGCUGCUGAAAACGUUGCCUUUUUGGCCGCUCCUCAAUGUCAAAACAAGGUCAUCGCUUACAUCAUGGGCAGUCCUUGUAGCGGCGAAUCCGAAUCGGAGGAUGAUGGCGAUUGGGACAGUAAUGACGAUGAUGGCUUUGACAGUGAAGGCUCAUCCCAUUUCUCAGACUCUGAGGACCUAGAUGACAGUGACGAUGAAUCUGAGGAAAGUUCAGAUGGAGAGGAGGCCGACUCUGAGACUGAGAGGAUGUGGAAUUCUCUGUGCCAAAACGGAGAUCCUUAUAACCCGAGGAACUUCACAGCUCCCAUAAGGACUGCCUCCAAGCCAAACCCUGCGACUACAGACUCUUCGGUCUCAGAGUCUCCGUCAGCGCAUAUGUCCACCCCGCUUUCACCUCCUCCAUCAUCACCCUCACUCUCAGAGAAUGAGUCCAGCGAAGACACCUGCGAGAUGGACGAGGAAGAGAAUCAGAGAUUGUGGAACUCUUUCAGCUGCGCAGCAGAUCCUUACAGCCUCUUCAACUUCCAGGCCCCAGUACAGACUAGAAAAACCCCCAAAGGGUGCUGGAAGGAGAAAGUGCCUGGAACGCCUCACUACAGGAGAGAGGAGGCUGAGGAGAGGCUAGACAGUGGAUUCUCCGAGAUUUCCUCUGUGCCAUGCUCAAGCAGUGCCAUGGCUGUUCAGCUGAAGAAGGUGACAUUUGUUGAAGAGGUUGAGGUGUUCUAUGCCAACAGCGAUGAGGACCGUCAUGGACCCUGGGAGGAAAUCGCCCGGGACCGCUGUCGUUUCCAACGCCGUGUUCAGGAAGUGGAAGAAACUAUCAGCUACUGCCUUUCUCCAACUUUCCGUCUGGACAUUUUUCAAAGACUAAACAAUACUAGCUAAUUAAAAGCCCUGUUUGACAGAAAGUGUAAACAAUGAAUAAGAAUGAAUAUAUAUCAAUAGUUUAAUUCAGGUCAUCCGGAGGCCCUUCAAUGUUCAAAGGGCUCACAAGUCACAAAUCAAAGGAACUCUGUAGUUCCUGACAGGGAAGGUCACCUCACUAGAGUAUGCUAAUAUGUUUUGUGCUGAGUGUUGUGUGGAUUCUGAAAAUAUGCAUUUUGUUUUAUAUUUUUGCCACAUGUCACGCUGUCCUUUUUAGCCCUUAAUACAAAAUUUAGAUUUUAUGCAGAAAAACAAAGGGGACCUACAUGUCAUGUCCUGCAGGAUUCCCACUCAUGCUUAUUGGAGGAUUGCUUUAGUGAUUUAUAUGAUUUGGUUAGUGAUGCAUGAACAGUACGCAAAAGUGCACUAACUUCACCCCAUGAAGCAACACUAAAUUGACAUUCAUCUUUCUCUUAGAACUGCAUUGCAAAAGUAUUCUGGAGGGGAAAUGAGGUGUUAGCUUCCCAAUCCCUGUUGUUUUCAACUCACAGGCCUUCAUAUUAACCCCUCGUGUUGUAACCUCAAAGCCAAAGAUAACAUACUUCUGCUCUACAAAGGAUCAUAAAGCCAGGUCUCAGUGUUUGAUGCCACAGGGGUGCAGUAUGUGAACGAUUCCCCAGAGUAAUCACUCUCAUUACCCACAUUAAACCUAGUGGUAUUUUGCUGGAGCUGAGCAAUGCUUAUAUCAAUGUCUGUUCCUGUGUUAGAUAUAUGGGUGUGGGCAUUAGUGCAAUGUAUUUGCAUGAUCCUAAAUAGAAAGAUGUUCUUUUCCCUAUCACUAUUUUUGGACACAACCAUGUGUGGAAAUCACUGUCGCGUAACAGGGUUUUUCUCUGUGCUUUGGACUGUGACGGCUGUGACAAACAUGGUAAAUUCUUGACUAUAAAGUUAAAAUGCAGGGACAAGAUGCACGUUUUUGAUUUGAACUAUAAUAUGCUUGAUGUUGAAGCAUAAAGGUAAUUUGUUAAUCAGUAUAAUUAACAAAUGCAUUUUAUUUUUGCAAUACAUUUUACCAGUUAUGCAUCUGUAAUGGCAUUUGUGAUGAAACAUUCUAGUCCUAAUUUAAUUAAAAUUCAAUAAAAAGAAUUGCAGGAAA